AUGGACCAUGUAUGGAAUGCCUUCAUCAUCUGUAGCCUACUUGAAGAUUGCCAUCAAUGUCAGUGCAUCCUCGAAGUCAAUCAGUGCCUCAAUCAGAGUGAGUGCUUUGUUGAGGCAAUGUUAGAUCAGAACCGGCGCAUGCGCUCAUAUAAUCAACCACUCGCAUGCAGACACUUUUGUAGCAAGUGUACUCGGGUCAUCAGUGGUGAGGAGAAUAUCAGUAAAUUGGUGUCUGUGAUUGUCGUGAGCCAACCAUGCUGCUCUAUUCUGAACUGUUGGGUCCAUCUUCAUAGUCCAUGUGACAGGUUUUGCCACGUCCAUUCCACAAAUCUCAACCACUGCGCGAUCAAAGGCUGUACACGACCUGUGCUGUCAGGUCGCCUCACUUGUGACAUCCUCGCGCACCAGGAAUCUGAAGCACUGCAUACUCUGAGAGGGAAAUCGUGCUUUCGACUGCAUGAGCGCCUUGAGCUCUCAUGCACCAUUCAUGGCUGCCUUGCAAAUGUGCAGAUUGGGGCUAAAGAGGACGAAGGUGAUGAGGCUAAUGCCACACAAGCCAUUGGUGAGGAGGUAUAUGAUGUUGAAAAGAAGCCAGGAAAGAAGAAGAGGCUUCAUGCUCAUUUCACCCGCAACUAUACUCAUUGCAAAGAGUUGAUUGUUGCGCCUUGUGGGAUAAUUCAUGCACGUGAGACGAUGCACAAUGCUGAGGGAGUUGGAAGUGUUGCUGUCAAGACACACCCUACUCAUGUAUUCUUCAAUAAUAACUGCCAACUCACGCUGCACGUCAAGGACGACCCCUUCUUUCAAGACAUUGGCCUUUCGGUCGAUGUCUUUCACUUCGAGUGUAAGCAUUCAAAGUCAGACAUGUUCUGCCAAGAGAACUGCAACCCUGCCACUUUCCCAGAGCUCAAGACAGAUGAUGGGGAGUGGUACUUUAACUCUUCAGCUUGCGAGCAAACUAAUUCAUGGUUCAGUAACUUUAAUCCCAUCACACGAGGGAUGAAGCCUGCAAAGUUUGACUUCUUUCUUGAUGAGAUGAUCUUGUGCUGA